CUCAAAGAAGAGGAACAAGAAGAAGAAGAGUGGUUCAUCACAGAGACCGACAAGACUCAGAGUUAUAGCUAAAAUGACACUCACAACAAAGCCAUCAAGCCGAUGGGUCUGGGAAUUCGAAAAGAGCGGGGGGCUAGGUGUAUGGUUUUGUCUGGCAGAUUGUCCUUGCCAAACGAGCUGGUAUAUCUGGAUUGAGGUGCCUGUCUCGGCACUGAUACUCGAUAGUAUGCAGUUCUACUCAUCCUGUUAUGUAAUGUAUGCUAUGCGAUGUGGAUCAGUCCAACAAAACCAAAGCAGACACAAUGGGCGACGCUCGUGCUAUUGGAGAGAACUUUACCAACUGGUACUACCAAACGUUUGACGUUGACCGCGAGGGCGUCGCAGCUGCCUACGGCGCUGACUCGGUCCUCACAUACGAAGGCGAGGUUUUCCAAGGCGCCGUCGCGAUCAUGGCAAAGCUCCGCUCGCUCAGCUUCCGCACCGUGUCGCACAUUAUCACUGCUGCUGACUGCCAGCCCACUAUUAACAACGGCGUCAUAGUAUGCGUCAUUGGCCAGAUGCAGGUCGACGGCGAUGACAAGCUGCUUGCGUACAGCGAGCUCUUCCACUUGCAAUGGAACGUCGAGACCAACAACUACUACAUCAUGAACGAUUGCUUCCGAAUUUCGGUGCACCACUAUGCUUCUGGCUAAGCGUCUGGGGGAUUGCUGAAUGUACAUUUUUCGUUGCUACUGCGUGCAAGUAACGGUCGUGGAUGAUGCAAAUUCAAGGUUCAUGCUCAAAUUCAUUGUGUUUGAAGCAGGCACGGACUUUGCCAUUAGAAUAUUGGAACACUCUUUGAUCUAC